AUGGCUGGGCAUCGGAUUGGGCUUCUAGUGAGCUUAUUUCUCCUUGAGGUUCUUCUCUUGGAUGCUGCAAAAAUCCUGACUGUGUCUACACUGAGUGGAAGCCAUUAUAUAAUGAUGAACCGUUUGUCACAAAUUCUUCAAGACCAUGGCCAUAAUGUGACCAGUUUGCUUAAUGAAAUGGUUUUUACCCCAGAAUUUAAAGAGGAGAAAACAUCAUACCGGGUUAUAAACUGGCGCCUACCUGAAGAUCAGCAAAAGGAAAUUGAUAAAAGAAUACAACUCACUGUAGAAGAAUUAAUAGCUUAUGACAGGUUCAAACAUCACACCAUUGUAAAGCUUUAUGAAACCUUUGCAGACUUAUGCAGUCACUUAUUAAGCAGAAAGGACAUCAUGGACUCUUUAAGGAAUGAGAAUUUUGACUUAGUACUUCUUAAUUCACUAGAUCUCUGUUCUUUACUGCUUGCUGAGAAACUUGGGAAACAAUUUGUGGUCUUCCAUCCCAUGCAAUCUACCUCUAUGGACUUUAGGUUACCAAGAGACUUGUCUUAUGUUCCAAUAUACAGUUCCAGUUUAACUGACCAAAUGGACUUCUGGGCAAGAGUUAAGAACUUCCUGAUGUUCUUUGAUUUCUCCAUGAAGCAAAGAGAAAUACUUUCUAAAUAUGACGGCACUAUCCAGGAGCAUUUUGCAGAAGGCUCUCAGCCACUUUUGUCUGACCUUCUACUGAAAGCAGAGCUGUGGUUUGUUAACUCUGACUUCGCCUUUGAAUUUGCUCAUUCUCUGCUUCCAAACACAGUCUAUGUGGGAGGCUUAAUGGACAAACCUAUUAGACCAAUACCACAAGACUUAGAGGAUUUUAUCAUUAAGUUUAGAGACUCGGGUUUUGUCCUUGUGGCCCUGGGCUCCAUAGCAACAAUGUAUCAGACAAAGGAACUUAUUAAGGAGAUGAAUAGUGCCUUUGCUCACCUCCCUCAAGGGGUGGUGUGGGCAUGUAAGGACACUCAUUGGCCUAAAGAUGUCAGUGUGGCUCCAAAUGUCAAACUCAUGGAUUGGCUUCCCCAGACUGACCUUCUGGCUCAUCCUAGAAUUCGUCUUUUUGUUACUCACGGGGGAAUGAAUAGCAUAACGGAGGCCAUCCAGCAUGGAGUACCCAUGGUGGGGAUUCCCUUUUAUGGAGACCAGGCUGAAAACAUGGUCCGAAUAGAAGCAAAGAAAAUUGGUGUUUCUGUUCAGCUAGAGACACUCAAGGCAGAGACAUUUGCACAUACGCUGAAAGAAGUCAUAGAAGACAAGAGGUACAAGUCUGUAGCAAUGGCCGCCAGGGCCAUCAGGCGCUCCCACCCCCUGACACCUUCCCAGCGUCUGGUGGGCUGGAUUGACCACAUCCUACAAACAGGGGGAGGAGCACAUCUCAAGCCCCAUGGCGUUCAACAGCCAUGGCAUGUGCAGAACCUGCUGGAUGUCCUAUUGUUCCUGUUGGGGCUCACUCUGGGCACCUGGUGGCUGCUGAAGAAAAUGCUGGGCUUGUUGCUCAGGUCCCUGGGUGUGACCAGGAAGGAAAAGAAGGCAUAA